GCUGGGCUCGAACCGGGAAGGAGACGCUGUCCUUCUGCAGCCGUGGCGAGCGGGGGAUUUGGUGAGAGCGCCCCCCGGAUUAGGAGAAUGGUAUUGGCUACCUGGCUUAGGAACUGGAUCCACUUCUGAAGGCCGAUGGUAGGAUCCUGCAUGACGCUGGAUCGCUGGGUGGAUAGAACAGCCGGGGCCUCGAUCGUGACACCUUCUUGCACAGCUGGAGCGCUUUCCCAACAUGGCUUUUCAGAGAACCGAGGGCAUGUCUAUUAUCCAGGCUUUAGCUAUGACUGUGGCAGAAAUUCCUGUGUUUCUUUACACGACGUUCGGACAGUCAGCCUUCUCCGCGCUGAGGGUCUCUCCGGGCCUUCGGAAGGUGCUGUUUGCCACUGCUCUGGGGACUGUCACCUUGGCCUUGGCGGCCCACCAGUUAAAGCGUCGACGGCGGCGGAGGAAGCAAAUUGCUCCGGAGAAGGCCAGUGCGAAGCCUGCGGUGGUUCCGGUGCCCAUCUUGCCCACCCGGCGGGUCCCGUCGGUGAAAAAAGGUUAUUCCAGCCGCCGGAUGCAGAGCCCUGGCAGUAAAAGCAAUGACACGCUCAGUGGGAUUUCCUCCAUCGAACCCAGCAAGCAUUCCAGCUCUUCGCACAGCCUGGCCUCGAUGGUGGUCGCAAACUCCCCCAGCCCUGUUCCAGCUCCUGCGGGCCCCUGGGAAGGCCCUCUCGGAGAAGAUCCUGGGGCUGCUGGCGACUGCAGUGCAGAAAACCUCUAUUUUCAAGGGAUGGAGCUGUUCGAAGAGGCCCUGCAGAAGUGGGAGCAGGCCCUGACCGCCCGUCAGAGGGACCCCACCGGCCUCUCGGUCGCUUGGGAGAUCCCCAAAGAAGAGGAGUUGCUGCCGGAGGAUCUCUGCGAGGAAUCUCAGAAAAAAGAAUUUGCAGAGAAGUUGGAAUUGCUCCUCUACCGGGCAUAUAAUCUGCAGGAGGAGUUUGGAUCCACCCUUUCGGCCGAUAACAUGUUGCUCGACUUAGAGCAAACCCUGAUGUUCCCACUGACUGAAGAGUCUCUACGGUGUCAGCAGGAUGACGAAGAAGACAGCGUGACCUCAGAGGAAUCCUUUUUCUCUGCUGCGGAGAUCUUUGACUCCCUGGAAAUUGAGAGGAUGCCAUUCCAGCCUUCGAAGCCAGCCGCUGCCUAUGAAGAUGCGUUGCAGCUGGUGAAGGACGGGUUGGUUUUCUGCAGGACUUUUCGCACAGAGCUUUUGGGGUGCUACAGUGAUAAUGAUUUCCUGGCAAAGCUUCACUGCAUCAGACAAGCUUUUCAGGAGCUGCUGCUGAUGGAGAGCAACCAGUCGUUUUUUGGGGAGGUGGGCAAACGCAUGGUGAUGGGGCUGAUGACCAAGGCUGAGAAGAACACGAAGGGAUUCCUCGAAAGCUACGAUGAGAUGCUGCACUACACCCGGAGGCAGGAGACUUGGCCAACCACGCAGAAGGAGCUGGAAGGGCGAGGGGUGGUCUGUAUGAAUUUCUUUGAUAUUGCCUUGGACUUCAUCCUGAUGGACGCUUUAGAAGACUUGGAGAACCCACCUUCCUCGGUGCUGGCAAUCCUGCGCAACCGUUGGCUCUCGGACAGCUUCAAGGAGACGGCUCUUGCAACUGCGUGCUGGUCUGUGCUGAAGGCAAAGAGGCGGCUUCUGAUGGUUCCAGAUGGCUUCAUUUCUCAUUUCUACUCCGUAUCGGAGCAUGUCAGCCCCGUUCUGGCGUUCGGUUUCCUGGGGCCGAAACAGCAUCUUUUUGAAGUCUGCAGCUUUUUUAAGCACCAGAUUUUGCAAUAUUUGAAAGACGUGUUUGAUCUAGACAUUGUAAGAUACACAACGGUGUCCUUAUUAGCGGAAGACAUCCUUCAGCUGUCACGGCGUCGCAGCGACAUCCUGCUCAGCUACUUAGGGGUUGAGACCAUUCCGGAGAUGAAUGGGACGCUGCGGAGUGACGGCGUCCCCAUCGAUAGCUUCAACUAAGCUUGCUUGCUUGGGCAAGACAGUUUUGGGCUCAUAAAUUGGUUUGUUUUAACCUUUUAAGAAGGCAGCAGCCUGCUUCCACCAUUUGGAGACUUUAAGACUGAUGGCAGCAAAAUGUACUCUGGUUUUGUUCUCCAGCUGAAAAACGGUUUAGAGACUUUUGUUGACAGCCCAGAUGUGUCCAGCUCCAUCCAGGGGUACGGGCAGGACGUUCUCGCCCAACCAGCCAUGCCUGAUUCUAGGUAUUUAAAACUUGCACAAAUUGUGCAAGGCCUGGCCGAACCCUGUCUCAUAUUCCUGGCAUGAGGUUAGUGCGUGAGGACACUUUUUUCCCCUGUGAAAUGUGAUGGCAGAAAAACAAAGCCAAGUGGGGAGAGACCUAGUAAAGUUUUACGGGCCUUUUCGCCCCAUCGCCCGAACGCCUUGAUUCUGAAACUUCUGUUUGUUUUUUAACUGAAUUUGUUUUGCUGUGUCUGUACGUACAGUCAAACUUAAUAACCUUCUUUUAAUACAAAAUUCUCGCACAUA